UUUAUAGGUGAGAAUGGCUGCUGUAAAAGGAACAGCUCUCCAUCCGGGGGAUAUAGCAGUAAUCGUAGGCUAUUUUAUUGGUGUACUUUUUGUAGGAUUAUGGUCUUCCAAGAAAAGCAAAAGGGACAGCGUGCAAGGCUACUUUAUGGCCAGCAGAAGUAUGCACUGGAUCCCAGUGGGAGCGUCCCUGUUCGCCAGUAACAUUGGUAGUGGACAUUUUAUUGGACUAGCAGGAUCAGGAGCUAAGUCGGGACUUGGAAUUGCCGGCUUUGAGCUGAAUGCCAUGUUUGUGUUGCUGAUUCUGGGAUGGAUUUUCGUUCCAGUAUAUUCUGCUUCAGGAGUGUUUACCAUGCCCGAAUACUUACAAAAGAGAUUUGGUGGACAACGCAUUCGAGUCUAUCUAUCUGUCCUGGCAUUGCUGCUUUACGUAUUCACUAAAAUUUCUGCUGAUUUGUUUGCUGGAGCCAUAUUUAUUGAGCAGUCUCUAAAUUGGAACCUUUAUAUUUCUGUGUGUGUACUCUUGGCUGUGGCAGCAAUCUUUACAAUUGCAGGAGGCUUAUCAGCCGUGAUUUGGACAGAUUUUGUACAGACAAUUCUCAUGAUAGUUGGAUCUCUUGCAUUAAUGGUCUUAAGUUUAAUCAAAGUGGGCGGUUACAACAAACUCUUCUACGAUUUUGAAAACAAACAGCCAAACAAUUCAGUCGUCGGUUACGAUCUGAACAACAAGUCCUGCAGUGAAGUUCCAGAUAACUUUCGGCACUUGAUACGACCAAUUGGUGACCCAGAACUUCCCUGGACAGGGAUGGUAUUUGGACUGACAAUUUCUGCUGUUUGGUACUGGUGCUCAGACCAGGUAUGUAUUACAGUGAAACUAUCUGGAGUUCUGCAGAAAUGUAAAUUUGAACUUUUAUCUUUUUUGGAUAAAGUUGGAUGCUCAGAUCCUGAUUCCUGCGAGGAAAUCUGUGGAAACCGAGGAGGAUGUACCAAUAUCGCAUACCCUCUUCUAGUAUUGGAGCUAAUGCCAGCUGGUGCCCGAGGUCUAAUGCUGUCGGUGAUGUUGGCAGCUCUGAUGAGUUCUUUGACCUCUAUUUUUAACAGUAGCUCCACAAUUUUCACUAUGGACAUUUGGAGGAGAAUCAGAAAAUCUGCAUCUGAAAUGGAACUCUUAAUUGUUGGCAGAACAUUUGUGUUGGUGCUAGUAGUGGUCAGUAUCUUGUGGAUUCCUAUCAUCCAGAAUGACCAAAGUGGUCAACUUUUUCACUACAUUCAAAGCGUCACCAGUUAUCUUGCGCCUCCUGUCUGUGCUGUCUACGUGCUGGCCAUCUUCUAUACACGUGCAAAUGAGCAGGGUGCAUUUUGGGGAUUGAUAAUCGGCCUGAUAGUUGGUUUAAUUCGAUUCAUAUGGGGAUUUUCUUACACAACGCCGCCCUGUGCUGAUGGAAAGCCAGAUCCAAGACCAGCUGUGCUGACUGAUGUCCAUUACCUUCAUUUUGGCUGCAUUCUUUUCGUUAUUAGUUUAUUUGUUAUAAUUUCUGUGAGUCUGCUGACUGAGCCUAUUGACGAGAAGUAUCUUUACCGCUUGACAUUCUGGACGCGGAGUAGCCCACACGUACGAGAGAAUAUAGAUAACGCAAAAGCGCCCUCUGAGACGAAGAAACAGGAAACUUCUGAAAUACAAUCAGCAAAACCACUGUCGACAUCUGAACCUGAACAGGGCCAAGAAAACCUUGGCUUUGACAAAGACUGUCUUGAGAUGGAACCCGUGAAAACUUAUCAUCACACUUCGAAAAAAUCUGUGCCAGAUGUAGCACUACCUAUGUGGAAAAAAGUAGUUUACCUAUUCUGUGGUAUAAACCAAGAUCCAAACAGUUCCCAGAAAGAACAGUUUCACCAACUGUCACCUAAAGAAGACGCAGAGCAGGGUAUAGAGAACAUUAAGGAAGUUCCAAAAUACAAGUGGAUUUGUAAUACCAACGCAGCUAUCCUCUUAUGUGUUAGUGGGUUUAUUUGGGGGUUUUAUGCCUAAAACUUUCUUUAUGGAAUUAAAUACUCCAGUAUUUGGUUCAUCAUACCAUGAAAUUGUACUUAAAACCCGAAAAUAUUAGACAUAUAGACUUCACGUAUUGUGUAGUCACCAUUCAAUAGUGAUUACAAUAAUAACAAAUGAACAAUAAAACUUUAGGGAUCAAAUAAAUUUGGUUAAGUAUUAGGUACAUUUUAUUUUUAAGGCACAUUUCAUGGAUGUAUUGAUUAAUAAUCGCACGUGUGUUAACUUGCGAAGAAGUAUUAACUGCAUUGUAUGAACACAUGAACAUGAUGAUUCCUGAGCAAAAGACAGAAUAAAAUAUUGUUAAUUUCAUAUAAAUGUAACAACAUUUAUCUAUCUGACAAAUAUGCACAAUUACAGCUUUUACUCUGGAAUAUAGUUAUACUCAACAACAUUGAUAUUUAGAAUGAUGUACGAUUUACCCAAGUUAAAAUCUGGAAAAAGUUGCUUGAGAUUUUAUGCGUAUUGAUUAUUCAUACUUAUCAGUAAC